GACCGAACGUCGUCAGACAAUAAUUUACUCGCUCAGUGGAAUUAAUGAGGAACUUACUAUUUCGGAGAGUAAUCAGAAAUUGUUUGCUAACAUCACAAUGAGGCUGAAAUCAUCCAGGUUUGGUUACGUAUUCCUUCAAUUAAUGGCUCUAUGUUAUUACUCUCAGACAACAAUUCAGUCAGGGUCGGCACCCAAUUUUAAGCACCAUGUAUCGGAACAAAGUCGCCUGUCGGACAGGACGAGUCGAAGGUUGACAAGAACUUAUCAACUCUAUAGCCGCACCAGUGGUAAACAUGUACAAGUGCUGGGCAACAGGAGGAUCAACGCCAAGGGCGAGGAUGGAGAUAUUCAUGCUAAACUGGUUGUGGAAACAGAAACAUUUGGAAGCCAGGUUCGAAUCAGAGGUGAAAAAACAGGAUACUACAUUUGCAUGAAUAAGAGAGGCAAGCUUAUCGUACAGAGGAAGGGCUGUGGCAGAGACUGCAUAUUUACUGAAAUUGUUCUGGAAAAUAACUACACUGCUUUGCAAAAUGCCAAGUACAAAGGCUGGUACAUGGCUUUUACACGAAAGGGCCGCCCCAGGAAAGCCACAGAGACACAGCGGCACCUGCGAGAGGCCCACUUCAUGAAACGCCUUCAUCAGGGACACCUGUUUACAGAACAGAAGCCUUUUGAAUUAAUCCCGUAUCCCGUUAACAAGAGGACUAAGCACCGUCAACGCAUGAGUGUGAAUUGAGAAUACGCAGAGAGAUACACACACUUACACAUGCAGUCAAACUCUGCUAAAGCACAUAGCCUUUUCUCAAGUCUUAUACUGGAGUGGGAUCUUAAUUUGAGUUAACUCAUUCAGAGUUUCUGGAUUCUGGAUUUCAUGAGGAACCAGGAACAAGAAUAAAUUCAGAACUAAAAUGGACAACUGUACAGAGAACUGUUUGUACUGGGACAAUGAAGUGACAGAUCUGAGGGCACCAUAUGUGUCGACACACACAAAAUAACACAUUAUACACAAACAUGGCAGCUAUGCCAAUUUAUGAUUAAACAUAGGCAGAUACACAUAUUUUUAAUUUUAUUGAUUGCUUUUUCAAAUGUCGAACUCAAAAUGUUAAUACUGGAGAUGGUUGUAUUUUUCCAAAAUGCCUCUUCAAAAACACAGGUUGAAUUUUUGCUCUCUUAUAUAUCACACUGUACUGUAUGCACCAGUACGUUAAGAACAUGAGA